AUGCGGACACACGUCUCGGGACGCCGCCGAGGUGGCAACGGCGUCGAAAAUCUCUGGUGGUGCGUCUUGACGGCUGCUCUCGUGCGAGCAUCUGGAUGCCGUGGAACUACGAGGGUCCCGCUCGGUGAGCGUGAUUUGAGCUCUACAUAUUCAGCCCUUGUUCCUGGUCGCGAGAGAGACAGGCCGGCAGGCAGGCAGGCAGGCAGAAAAGACAGACAGACGCGAGUGGUGACGUGCAGCGCGGGAAGUGGACUUGUUGGACACUUGUCUUGGAAUCCAGGUGGGCGAUGCUGUCUAAACUUUCAUUCUUAUAGCCCGAUCCGGAGCAUUCUGCUCAUCUUCAACCCGGUUUUUCUUGCAUGUGCCAAGCUGCAGAGAGCGAAUUGUCAAGGCAAGACUCGGCCGGAUUUGCCCCCAAGGAGUUGCCUGGACGCGAGCAUUAUCGUAGACUCCGACACAUUCCUCGUAGAGCAAGGGUGUUUUGCCCCCUGUGUUGCUCGCCCACCGCCUCUUGUGGGAGCGGGACGCUCAGCUGGCCUGCUCGGCUGGGGACACCAUCGGGGAGGGGAGGAGAGGAGAGACGAGAACAGGCGUACUACGUGCGAGGGCGGCAUGUCAUACCGUGCAGCACGGCGUCCGUAG